GGAGCAGAUGACCGCCAGGGGCGAAAAUGAACAGUCGCGGCAACUGCUGCGCGACAACAGUCUUUACCAAGACGAAAAAAGCAAGCCCCCAUAGAAGUAUGUACUCCGAUGCGACUUACUUAUUUGUGCAUCCGGUAAGUAACACAUUCCCAUUCAGGCGGACAAACGCCGGCCUGUUCGCGACAUGGGUUAAUAAUUAAUAGAUGAUGCGUUUAUUCAUGAUCCUGGCAUGACAGACUUGCUGACUGUGUGUAGGCAGAACAGAUUUAUAUAUUUUCUUGCCAAGAAAAUGUGGCCGAGAUGAAUCAAAAUCUACAACUGAGUAGUUGUAGACUGACACACAGAUGAUAGUUGCGCUUGCGCGUUCUCGUCUUUGAUAUUGUGCAAGAGCGAGUCCAUCAUUGUGGUGUUUAGCAAGAAAAAAUCCAAUGACAGUGCAUUACUUUGGGGCCGCGGCUUUUUUCAUUCGGAUGCUCGGCGCAGUCGUUUCAUUUCGCGGGCUCUGGCAGCCUACGCCCGCAUCUUCAAAGAUAGUCUCGUCUUGCCUGCUGGGCGAGGUCGAGAACGCGUGGCUGAAGCCACUAUGGACGCAUUCGGCCAAGCGGUGCAGGACGGACGCGACGGGAAGGAAGAGAAAUUAUCCCAUCGCCAGUGGUACUGUCCCA